CAGCACAUUGCACGUGCACGACCAUAUUCUGAUUCGUUGUAGAGUGAGGCAGGAUUUGACGCUAUGAAGGCCACAGAGGGACUGUAUGAUGAUGCCCAGCACCCUCACUCGCACCCUCGUCGUGAACGUUCACCAACACCACCCCCACCCGACUUGGCCAACGGUUUUCCUGGUCCUCCAGUAGUGCUUGCCAGUGCAUACCCACCACCGCCAGAAGUACUUCCACCGCCUCAUUUAUUGCCGGAAUUACCUUCUGGACAGAGACAACCAAUUUGGCACAACGAUCCUCGAAUACCGUAUACAUUGACGACGCAUAUUGUACCUGCCGCAUAUUGGAGGGAAGACCCGGAUGUCGACUUGCCUUCAACAGUUCAGGAAGGGGGAAACUUAUCGAAAGAGGAAAGGCAGAGGUCAGCACGGGAUGGAGAGGCGAGGUUGCUAGAGAUCAGAAGAGAGCUAGAGGCGGAGGCUGUGAGUAGAACGAAAGAGGGAAAACCCCGCAGAGGACAACAACGAGUGCUGUGGUUGUGCUUCAAUCGCUAUGUACGAAUUCCAAAUAUCCAGGCGAAGAAAGAUGACCUGACGCUGUUCUUCGCUCAUGCCAACGGGUUCAAUAAAGAGACAUGGGAACCGACAUUGGCAGCUUUACUAUCUCUACCUACUUCUCAAUGUUCAAUUCAGGAAGUAUGGGUAUGGGAAGCCGCCAAUCAUGGAGAUUCCGCCUUGCUGAAUCAAGGAAAUCUGAACUCCCUCUUUCACUGGCGAAAUGCUGCACGCGAUCUACUUACCUUUUUCACGCAUUAUCUCCCCCCCAAAACUAGCACUGACGUUCUUCCGACACACCUCCCUCGUUUGUCGCAGUGUGAAACCGCUGGGCGUCUUAAGCACGGCUUCUAUGACUCCAACGUGGGCGUCAAAACUCGAACAAUUAUUGGAAUCGGACAUUCCUUUGGGGGCUGUGUUUCCACGCUAGCGUCGAUAUCUUCGCCCAGUGACUCCGAUGAGGACCCGAUCAAUAACGACCACCCCAACAGCCUUGCAAGAGGCGCAUUUGGCAGGCGAAGCACCUGGAAUUCUCGUGAAGCCGCUAAAGGCGCAUUCCUUAAGUCUGAGUUCUUUAGACGCUGGGAUACGCGUGUAUUGGAUCUGUACGUCGAGGAAGGGUUAGUCGAGUCGGAGGUCCCAGUCAAACAAGUCCGUCUGAAGAUGCCCCCACUUCAUGAGGCCAUCGCAUUUUCAGACACACGGACUGGGUCUGAAGAAGCUUGGGUGAGGCUUUGGAGGGGUGAGUUGAAAGCGAAAGAUGUUGGGUUGAAGUGGGUUGUUCCUGGGGUAGGUCAGAAAGAAUUGGGUGUCACUGCGUACUCGACGCGCACACGGGUGUGGUUACGACCCGAGAACUCUGAAAAUGUACGAAUGGCGGGUGCAGGACAUCUCGUUCCUCAUGAAAAGCCAAACGAGCUAGGUCACCUGAUCGGAAGAUGGACCGAGGAGUAUUUGUCUGUCACUGGCAGGAAGGCAAAACUGUAAAUGUAUUCAUACUUCGUUUACAUAAAUGAUCACUCUAGUACAGAAGGCUUGAUUUACAA